AUGAGCCUAUUUGACUCUCAGGCUGUUAGCAUCCAUAAGCAGCUGGAGAGGAUGGUAGUUGAUCCUAGAGUUAUCGUUGCAACCAGUGUGAAUCCAAAAAUGGUUGGAGGUCGGCUCUUUUUAAACGCCACGUCUGGGACACAUAUCUAUUUCGACAAGGAAACGAGUGCAGGGGAACAGUUGUUUUACAAGUUGGUGGAACAUGAAACUGGCCUAAAACCAGUAGCUACGCUAUUUAAGAGUUAUUCUAAGGUGGAAAAGAUCAGUAUAUCUGAGCUAAAUGAUUUUGUCUUGACCGCUGCAUCUCAGGAGGCUGAUUUUAUUUGUGCCGGUGAAGUCACUGGCAUCAAGUUCGACAAGGGAUGGUGCUAUGUCUCAUGUUCGAAGUGUUUCAAGAAACUCCAGCGCUCUGAUUCAUCAUUGGCGUGUUCGCCUUGCAACAACACCAAUGCAGUUGGCGUCCUCCGGUACCGUGUGGAGAUGUCAAUUGCAGACAAAACUGGAGAAGGGUUGUUUGUUGGAUUCGAUGGGGUGAUGCCGAAGCUCUUCAACAUGAGGGCCCAAGAUGCUGCCAAUGUAUUGGCCGGUGGGGGUGACAAACCAGAGGAGACUGACUUCCCUCAAUUUGUCAAAGAUAUGGUGGGAAAGUCGUUCACAUUUCAAGUGGUUCUCCGCGAGGGUGAACGUGAGCCACACCCUGAUUUUGUUGAUGAUGGUGAUGAUGGUGACAAGGACGAUGCAGGUCACAGUGAUGACUGUGUGAGAAGUGAAUGGAAGUUGGUGGAGGUAGCAAGAGUGGAGGAUCUGCUACUGUGA